UAUUUUCCUAAUAGAUUAUUUUCCACUGCUCAAGGCACAUUUUACACUGAUAUAAUGUUUGUAAAAGUAAAAAGGUACACAAAGAUAUCAGAUUGAGUUUGAUUAUAUUCAGCUCACAGAAGCAGGAAGUAUUAUUUUCACUCUCAUUGCAUACAAACAACAUGGCGUCUCAUCAGCAGCCACCUCCAGUCCAUCAAAGGCCCUUGCAACAAGACUGGGCCAAUCGUGAAUAUAUUGAAGUGAUAACUGGAAGCAUUAAAAAGAUAACGGACUUCUUAAAUUCUUUUGAUACAUCCUGUCGGUCCCGCUUGGCAGUUCUCAAUCAGAAGCUUACUGAACUGGAGAGGCAGGUUGAAUACAUCGAGGCGCGGAUUGCGAAUAAUGAGUAUGGGCAGCUGAAUGAUCAACAAAUAGAUGAAAUUGAAUAACCAAAGGGGAAACACUGUCAUGAGCAGAGACUGGGACCAGGUGACUUGGUGGCCUCUACUGUGGGAGUUGAUGUCCUGUCUUCUGUACACCAAGGAACUCAAGGCUCAAUAUUAUGAUCAGUGCAACUGUGUAUAUUAUAGAUGGAACUUUUCCCUCAUAGUGAGGACUUUUUUAAAAACCGCACACAAGAGAAACUGACAUUCUACUCAAACUUACCAUGUUGACUCUGCUUUUAUAUGCUGUGCAUGACAUAUCCACCUACAAGUUCUUGGUGGAAAGGCAGAAAAAUAGUUGGGUUUUUUUUGUUGGGGGGGGGGGGGGGGUGUUUGCCUAUACUGCUUUAUUAUCAAAUUAAUUUCUUACUGGACUGCCUGUGGUCCUUCAUCUUGGAGUGUAACCUUAGGUUAAGUUUCUUAUUGCCAGAGCCAUAUUUCGAUUUGAACAGCUGGCGGCUGGUAGGUGUUCUGACUGUCUUGUUAUCAUCUAUUUCUUUCAAUAUUACUAUUUUCUGUAGGCCUAUCUGUGCCUAGCAAAAUAAGGCUAUUACACGCUGACUCUCAGAAGAAGAUGAUACAACAUUUGGUUUUUAAUUGCUUUCACAUUCAUUUCCCUUGGCCCCUUUUUUGAUAGUUGCAUGCGCACACAUUGGCUAGUUCUUAAGUAGAUCUGUCACUAUAGAUUUCUUUCUUCUGCAUUUUCUCUUCUGUUGUGACUUAAUCAAUAUCAGUCUCCAGAAGCACAAACGCCUACUGAAUGGUCCUUGAGCAUUUGGUGCUCUGUACUUCAGUAGAAUGGGAAUUUCCAGCAUAUAAUGAGGGAGUGCCAUUCGUAUUGCAAAGUUAUGUGUAGGUCCUAGAGAUCCAAGUGCUAAUAAAAGGGUGCAAAAAAAAGUUAGAUAUGUGUUCCUCAGCUUUAACACUGUGUAGGUAUUUAUUUCCCUGCAAGGGUUGAGAGUGUGACAGCAGAAAAAAUAUUUAUGGAAUUUUGCUUUGGGUAACAAUACUUGAUAUGUUGCUUCAUUUUCCUACAAAACCAUUUUUCCUUUUUGUUUGCCGUUUUCUGUUUUCAAGACCCUCGUUUUACAUGGUUUUGUUAAAUCUGGUUUGCAGAAUGUGUAUCUUUACCAAUAUUUAUGGGGGUCUUUUUUUUUCUUCUUUUUUUUAUAUGAUUUGAAAAUGGUGUGUCAUUGAUGGACAUGAGUGUACUUGAAUUUUUCAAUUUAGUGACAUAGAUAUAAUAUAAAGUUUAAAACCUGUUGCGAUGUUAUAGCAUGCUCACUGCUUUGUCCAUGGAACACAUAUUUUUGGUCCUUGUGUACAGAUGCUGGCGUGAGCUGCUCGGGAACACAACACUCUCAGAUGUGUAUGUGCAUUAACUCAUGCAGGUGUGUUGGGACCAUGGAAGAAUCCAGAACUUUGAGAGAAUGCUGGCAGGAAUAGGUUUACUGAGGAGAGAGAGAAGCACAUUCUUUGGGAGAGAAUGGGGAAAAUAUAUUCCUGGGUAAAAGUUUUUCUGUUUUGUAUGAAUGAAAAUCGGUUUAGAGUCUUGGUCUGAAAGAUUUUCUUCCUUGUCUUUGCUGAAUGUGUUAUCAUCAUCAUCCGACUAAUAACAGAAAUAUUUUUGGAGUGAAAAGACCGGAGUUGAAAUGUGUGUAGGAUAAGAUGUCUGUGUAAAAUAGUCCGGUGAGUGGCAAUUGUGUAUAACAGGUUUAUGUUUGCUUGUUGUAUGAAAUAACAGGACGAUUGUUUGAGUGUUUGGUGAAGUUUGAAAGCUGUGCAAGGCCUUUUUGAGUGCGUGGUGUAGUGACUGAGGUUUGUUUAAAGUGCCUGGAAGUCUUUGGGGUGAUGUGAUGAGUGCUGUUUGAAAGGAAGGUGAGGGUCAGAUGCUUUGCUCUUGUUCUGUGCUUUGCACCAGAAUGUGAUACCGUCUCAUAAAAGGGGCUGUGGGCGGCCUUUGUUCCCAUUGCAACUCCAUGUGUGGCAUGCUUCAUGCUUAAGCGUGAAUAUGGCUGUUUGGAAAAUGAAUGCCCCUGGCUUCAUCUGCAGUCUUGAAGUUGAAGCCCAUAUAAUCACUCACCAGUGAAGGACUAUGUCCAACCCAGCACCAUGCACAUAUAUGGGUACACCUUUUUUUUGAGAGUUAAGUUGUCUGGCAUUCACGCCUGAUGGAUAUAUGUGUAUGUUUAUGGACAUUUAUUGUAAUUGAAGUUGAAGUGUACACGAUUUCAAGCUGUUGUUGUUUUGUACACAUGUAUUAUUUAAGAACUCAAAAGUAUGCAAGGCUGUAUUGCAUGCACAGCAAUUUUCUGAAGUGAAUGAGUUUUUUGCAAAUAAAACAUUCUUCCUAGUGAAGAUUCAAGUCAUUUAUUUACUGUAUGUUAAGUUGACUGAAUGUUUGAUUACUCCACUUAGAGUCAUGGGCAGUGAAGCAUUAAAUUUGUACUUCACGUCCA